AUGGAGGUCCCCGUGGCCGUCCUCGCUGUCCUGUUCUUCACUGAGGCCCUCUCCUCCCUGACCUGCUCUGCCUCCCUGGGUGCUGACACCCCCACCGCCUGCUGCUUCUUCUACAUCUCCCGGAAGAUUCCGCGCAAAUUUGUAGAUGACUAUUAUGAGACCAGCAGCCAGUGCUCCAAACCCGYGGUCAUCUUCCAGACCAAGAGAGGCCGGCAGGUCUGUGCUGACCCCAGCGAGGCGUGGGUUCGAGCCUACAUCACCGACCUGGAKCUGAACGCCUGA